AUGACACUUCAGCGUCCCCAAAGAGUGCCACCCUACGCUUCCUUUCACGCCUUUCGUAAACCUCCAAGCAUCGUCGAGAGCGUCCUCGGACCUUCAGCGACAUCGGUUGAUGAUGGAUGGGCUCCGUUUAACGGAGAUAAAGGAACCCAGAGACUCUGCGAGCUCGAUCUGGCUUUCCUCUCGUCGUACGCGAUUGGUAUGUAUUUCGUUGGGCAUUUAGGUGAUAGAAUCGAUUUGAGAUACUUUCUCGUGUUUGGUAUGAUGGCGAGUGGGAUUCUCACUGUUGUAUUCGGGUUAGGGUAUUGGAUGGAUGUGCAUGUGCUCUGGUUUUACAUGAGUGUACAGAUUGUUUGUGGGUUUUUCCAGUCUAUUGGAUGGCCUUGUGUUGUCUCUGUUGUAACGUGGAUUGAUCAUGGGUGUGUGGAACUCUCACACGUCUGUUGGGAACAUCGUUGGCUCGUGAUCGCUUCGUCGGUUCUUGAUUUCGGGUGGGGAUUGUCUUUUGCUCUGCCUGGUGUUGUUGUGAUUGUAUCUGGAUUGCUUGUGUUUUGCUGUUUAGUUGUGACCCCUAAUGAUUUGGGGUUUGAAGAACCUGGAAAAGAGAUUGAGAUGGGUUUAGCUGAGAAUGUUGAGGAAAGCUUGAGGAAAACAGAAACUGAAAAUGCAGAGCUUCUUCAAACUGUAAGAUUUUGA